CUCCAUUUUUUUUUAAGUCAGUUUUAUUUUUCAUAGAAUAUGUAAUGGCAUAAUACAGCUAACAAAAUCAGAAAAUUGGGACACAACCUUGAAGGUAGAAUGAUAGAAUAAAUAGUAGUUAAGAUAUAAUAGAAUAAAUACAUAGCAUAUAAAAGAUGAAUCACAUGUUUAAAGCUCACAGUAUUUCAAGUAGUUCAAGUUUAAUUCAAAACAUAAGAAGUUAUAACUACUAACCUCAAAGAAAGAUUUCAUAUUUUUAUGGAAUGUAUUGCUGCUUUCACUGUACAAAAUUUAUUUAUAAAAUUUUAUUUUAUAGGCUACAGUAGUCACUGCUAAUAUGUCUAUCAAAUAGAAACUAAUAUUUACAUUUUUCUUUUCACCUGUGCCUCUGUAUUUCCACAGAAUGGACACCAAUGGGAAACCCUCGACAGCACAGAUAGUGGUUUUAGCCACUGGCUCGGCGCUGACUGCGCUCUUUUACUCUCUUUAUAAGAGCAAAGCUACAACAUUUGCCAGUUUAAAGGAAGCCAAGAAAGUGUCCAUUGACAAUAACUUACAAAACCUCUUGUCUGAAACCCCUGGAAGAUGUGUCCCGUACGCUGUGAUAGAAGGUGUAGUGAGAAAUGUGAAGGAAACUCUGAGCAGCCAGUUUGUGGAUAACUGUAAAGGUGUCAUUGAAAGACUGACGCUGAAGGAGGAAAAGAUGGUGUGGAGUCGGACCACUCACAUCUGGAACCGCACAGAGAAAGUCAUUCACCAGCGCACCAACACCGUCCCCUUUGCCCUGGGAUCUCAUGACGAAGAUAUCGCCGCCACAGUCCGAGUCAUACGCCCGCUGGAUGCUGCAGAGUUGGACUUAGAGACCACCUACGAGAACUUCCACCCCACGGUCCAGUCCCUGUCCAGCGUAAUCGGCCACUUCAUCAGUGGGGAACGACCAAAGGGAAUACACGAAAUCGAGGAGAUGUUGCGGGUGGGAGACACUGUCACUGGAGUGGGAGAGCUGGUCCAGGAUAACAACAUGAUCAAGCUGCAGCCGCCCAAGCAGGGUCUGUGUUACUUCCUCACCCGACAGGACUACAAGUGUCUGCUGAGGAAGCAGGAGCAAAGCGUCAGACUGUGGAGGAUUUUGACUCUCGUUUCAGGCAUCGCCGCUUGUUCCAUGCUCAUAAUCAUCCUGUGGAAGAAAUACGUGCACCACAGACAGAAGAAGGAGGAGAGCAGAAUGCUCAAAGAGUUCAUAGAGCAGCAGAAGAAACAGAAGGGUGAGGGUGACCUGGACGAAAGCAGCCUGUCACCCACCAGCUGCGUGGUCUGCCUCAGCGGCGAGCGCGCUUACGUCUUCCUGGAGUGUGGUCACGUGUGUGCCUGCUCUAUGUGCUAUGACGCACUGCCAAAGCCCAAGAAAUGCCCCAUCUGCAGGUCACUGAUAAACAGAGUUGUGCCGUUUUACUACAGCUAACAACGAAGGAAAUAUUCCUGUUAAAAAGUUGAAAUGGUUGUUUAAUUUGUUUCAUUUUUAUUUUAAAUGUAAUAAUUAUGUGUGGAAGCUGUAAAUGAUCUCGACAGUAAAAAGCUAAUGUGUAUAUAUAUGUAUAUAUACACACACACACAGUGAGAACGAGACAAUGAGAAUAAAUUUCUUUAAUAUCAGGAAAA